GGAAACUUCUUCACUUGUGUUUCUGCUGUUCGUCGAGGAAAACGAUUCAGAAAGUGGAUCGAAAGAGGAGAUAAAGAGGAGGAAAGAACAGGACCACAGGAGGAAAGUCGCUCCGAUCUGAAGCUUCUCCUCCUCGUUGUGUCCUCAGCUUCUCCACCUCGUUGUGUCCUCAGCUUCUCCUCCUCGUUGUGUCCUCAGCUUCUCCUCCGCGUUGUGUCCUCAGCUUCUCCCCCUCGUUGUGUCCUCAGCUUCUCCUCGAGUCCACAUGGCGGCUCAGAUGCUGUUCCCAGUGUUUCCUGCCGACGGGGCUCAGAGCGACCUGCCCCCCCCCCAGCUGGUGAUGCUGGCCAACGUGGCGGCGGUGACGGCGGAGGGAGGCGCAGAGGAGGAGAAAGAGAUGAUGGAGCUGAAGACGGUGGGCUGCAGCUACUCCGACAGCGAGGAGGAGAGCCUCAUCAGGUACAGCUACGACAGCCAGAACCACAGAGAGGUGUGCAUCGUGGAGUACCCUGAGUCUCCGGGUCCGAGCCCCGCGGUUGCAGGAGACGACACUGAGGAGGCUGGGGAUAAGGCUGAGGAUCUGUCUCGCCCCCCCGCCAGCACCAAAACCCCCAAGCAGAGUGCCGAGCGCCACCAGAGUCCCGCCCUCCCGCCGGAGAGCACCAAGAAGAAGAAGCCCUUCCACUGCAAGCCCUGCCACUUCCAGGCCCAGAGCGAGCGGGACUUCGUGGAGCACCUGGGCUCCCAUGGGGCGAGCAAGAUGAGGGUGGUGAACCGGGUGGAGGGCCGGAGUAGGACCCGGGCCAGCGGGGCCGAGUCCCCCGAGUCCCGGGCGCUGUCGGGCGGGGAGGCGGAGAGCGGGGGGGAAGCGGGUGCAGGAGACAUCAAAGGGCUGAUCCGGUGUGAGCGGUGCGGGUACAACACCAACCGAUACGACCACUACAUUGCCCACCUGAAGCACCACAGCAAGGAGGGCCAGGACCACAGGGUGUUUAAGUGCACGCUGUGCCCCUACACCACAGUCAGUCAGUACCACUGGAGGAAGCACCUGAGGAAUCACUUCCCCAGCAAACUGCACACCUGCAGCCAGUGCUCAUACUUCAGCGACCGCAAGAGCAACUACAUCCAGCACAUCAGGACACACACAGGUGUGCGUCCCUUUCAGUGUCUGUACUGCGACUACUCCAGUUCUCAGAAGACCCAUCUGACCCGCCACAUGAGGACUCACUCAGGUGAGCGUCCUUUCAAGUGUGAGAGUUGUAACUACCUAGCGGCCAACCAGCAUGAGGUGACCCGCCACGCCCGGCAGGUCCACAACGGACCCAAACCUCUGUCCUGCCCGUACUGCGAGUACAAGACCGCCGACCGCAGCAACUACAAGAAGCACGUGGAACUGCACCUCAACCCUCGCCAGUUCGUCUGCCCGCUCUGCAAGUACGCCGCCUCCAAGAAGUGCAACCUGCAGUACCACCUGAAGUCCAGACACGCCGGCUGCAAUGUGGUCCUGGACGUCUCCAAGGUCAAGCUGCGCAACAAGAAACACAGUGGCGAGGAAAACGCAGGAGCCAGAACAAGCAAGAUGGAUAAUUCAUCCGGCGUGGACGAGGACUUCGACAUGGAGGACAACGACGUGGACAAGGAUCUGGAGUCGAGCCCCAUCAAUCUGUCGAUCAAGCCCAGCAUCAACCAAUCUCUGCAGAGCGAGGUGCUGGACAAGACCCCAAAGAAAACCACCGCCCUUCCUGAGAAAGAGAAGGUUCAGAAGGUGAAGGUGGAACCAGAGAAGAAGGUCACAACAAGGCAGAAGAAGAACGAGAAGGUCAACAAGAACCUUCUAGAGACAGAGACUCCUGUCCCGGACAAGGCCAAGAGACGCGUCAAGAAAAUGCCGGUGGGGAAAACAGCCGUGAAAGAACAAGUUACAGGAACCAAACCCAAGAAAGAAACAGAAGAACCACAAAGACCGGAGGAGGUGGGAGUGAUGAGGUCGAAGGAGGAGCAUGAGCUGAUCCCUGAGAGGAAGAAGAACGAUGGAGGUGGAAAAGAGAACAAAACCCUCAACAAGCCGAGGAAGUCUGCAUCAAAGAAGUCUGAGAAUAUAUCAGAGCCAGUCAAAGAAGCUGAGCAGAACCCCGUCUCUCCUGAGAAACCUCAGAAGGAAAAGACCAGGAAGAGGAAAGUAGUGGAAGCUCUUGAUCUUUCGAGGAACUCCUCGUCUGAGACUCCAUCCAAGACCCGACGAGUGAAGAAACCUGCUUCAGAAGAAACCAAGAAGACAAGCGAGGCGACUCGGUCCACAAGCAUGUCCAACGGGACGAGUACCGUGAAGACCAAGAAGACCAAGAAAUCCACAGACCUUAAACAAACUGUGGAUGCAGAGAAGGACCAGAAGCCUUCAGUCCUCAGUCCAUCCACAGACGUUCAGCCAGACCACCAGACAGAAACCACAACCUCCGAGCCGUGCCUGACAGGACCCAAAUCCUCAGAGUUCGGAACCAGAUCCUCAGAGACUGGAACCACACCCUCAGAGACAGGAACCACACCCUCAGAGACAGGAACCACACCCUCAGAGACAGGAACCCUAUCCUCAGAGAUAGGAACCCCAUCCUCAGAGACUGGAACCACACCCUUAGAGACUGGAACCACAACCUCAGAGACAGGAACCACACCCUCAGAGACUGGAACCACACCCUCAGAGACAGGAACCACACCCUCAGAGACAGGAACCACACCCUCAGAGACAGGAACCCUAUCCUCAGAGAUAGGAACCCCAUCCUCAGAGACUGGAACCACACCCUUAGAGACAGGAACCCUAUCCUCAGAGACAGGAACUACAUCCUCCGAGCCCUGCCUAAUAGGAACCAUAUCCUCUGAGACAGGAACCAGCCCCGCGAAGAAAAAGAAGAAGAUCUCAGCAGGAGAAACCCCUCCAUCAGUUCCAGAACCGACUCUGACCAAAACCUCAAAGGAGAUGGAGGUUUCCCCCCCCUGUAGCUCUGGUGAGGACACGCCUUCUCCGGCUGAAGACCGCUCUGUGCCAACAUUCGUUAAACCCCCCCCGCCCUCUCUGGUGAUGCCAGGCCGGAGCAAACUUGCCGACGCAGAGGACGACGAGGGCGUCCACAGCAGCCAGGAGGGGGGCAGUGACAUCAGUGACAGCGCCUCUGAGGGCAGCGACGACUCCGGACUCAAUGGAGCACGGUCGUGCAAGAUGGCCAACGACCCGGAGACGCCCACCGACGAGAUCCCGACCCCCACGGAGCUCAAGAGCCACCUGUGUAUCUUCUGCGACCGCACCUUCCCCCUGGAGGUGGUGUACCGGCGCCACCUGAACCGCCACCUCGUCAACGUGUACUUCAUGCAGGAUGGCAGCGCCAAGGCCCAGGAAUGAAGACCCCGCCGUGCAGACUCUGGUGAACUAACACUAAGCUGAGCAGCCGUUGAGCUGGACUCUGACCUGGGACUACUUUCCUAUCAACCUCCUGUUCUUACGGGGUCGUGAACACAGACAGGUACAGGUUACAUUACAGAGCAGAAGGAGGACGCGAUACUAGGAGACCCUCUCAGAAAUAACCCUGAGAAUAACCUUCAAUAUCAGAGAACAUCUGGAAGACUCUCAGAGUAUAGAAAACAUCAUCUGGAAGACUCAGAGUUUUAACGUGUCAUUUAGUUUUCAGUAAGAGAAGUAAACCUGAAUAUUCUCUCAGAUUAAAUUCACAGUGAGGAGAAGAUACUCCUUUUUUCUAGAAAGGCUUUUUGUCGUGCGGAGGGAUAUAGAGUCAGGACGAUGUUGGAGUGUUGGGGCAGUGUGAGGGUCAGAGAGUCACAGAGGAGCUGAGCAGCGCUCACAUUACAUUUGUUAUUUGAGGAGAAAAAACUAAUUUAGUGUUUAAAGUAAGAGAAGUCCACUUUAAUAUUCUCAGACUAAAUCCAUCAUGUUUAGAGAACAUCCAGAAGAGGAGCAGCACAUCCUUUCUUUGGUCAGAUUGAAAUGUUUUGCUCUUUUUUGACUUUAUAAACUCAACAGUUUUCCUCCAGAAAUGAUAGAUGUGUUUUUCCUCUGAAUUAUGUUGUGUGAUUCCCCUCAGACCCUCAGACCCCCAGACCCCCAGGUCUGGGAGCAGCUCUGUUUUGUGUUGCAUCAUUUCUAAAUCAUAAAUCUGAGGCCCGAUGAAAUGCCUGUCUGUUUCAAUAUUGUUUAUUUUAAACCCAGUGCUUUUGACAAUCAGCUGUGGGCCCUGUGGAGAGGAGGGGGCCCUGUGGAGAAGAGGGGCCCUGUAGAGAGGAGGGGGCCCUGUGGAGAGGAGGGGCGCUGUAAAGAGGAGGGGGCCCUGUGGAGAGGAGGGGGCCCUGUGGAGAGGAGGUGUAAAUACUGCAAUAUAAACCAAAGCCCCCUGUCCUCUUUAUAUUAAUUUUAAUAUCAAGCAGACUGAGACAGACUCUAGAGACAGACUGAGAGACAGACUCUAGAGAGAGACUGAGAGACAGACUCUAGAGACAGACUGAGAGAGACUCUAGAGACAUACUGAGAGACAGACUCUAGAGACAGACUGAGACACAGACUGAGAGAAAUACUGAGAGACAGACUCUAGAGACAUACUGAGAGAGACUCUAGAGACAGACUGAGAGACAGACUCUAGAGAGAGACUGAGAGACAGACUCUAGAGACAUACUGAGAGAGACUCUAGAGACAUACUGAGAGACAGACUCUAGAGACAGACUGAGACACAGACUGAGAGAAAUACUGAGAGACAAACUCUAGAGACAUACUGAGAGAGACUCUAGAGACAGACUGAGAGACAGACUCUAGAGAGAGACUGAGAGACAGACUCUAGAGACAUACUGAGAGAGACUCUAGAGACAGACUGAGAGACAGACUCUAGAGAGAGACUGAGAGAGACUCUAGAGACAGACUGAGAGACAGACUCUAGAGAGAGACUGAGAGACAGACUCUAGAGACAGACUGAGAGAGACUCUAGAGACAUACUGAGAGACAGACUCUAGAGAGAGACUGAGACACAGACUGAGAGAAAUACUGAGAGACAAACUCUAGAGACAUACUGAGAGAGACUAGAGACAGACUGAGAGACAGACUAGAGACAGACUCUAGAGAGAGAUUGAGAGACAGACUCUAGAGACAGACUGAGAGAGACUCUAAAGACAUACUGAGAGACAGACUCUAGAGAGAGACUGAGACACAAACUGAGAGACUUUAGAGAGAGACAGACUGAGAGACAGACUGAGAUAGACUCUAGAGAGAGACUGAGACACAGACUGAGAGACUAGAGAGAGACAGACUGAGAGACAGACUCUAGAGACAGACUGAGACAGACUCUAGAGAGAGCCUGAGAGACAGACUGAGAGACAGACUGAGAUAGACUCUAGAGAGAGACUGAGAUAGACUCUAGAGAGAGACUGAGACACAGACUGAGAGACUUUAGAGAGAGACAGACUCUAGAGACAGACUGAGAGACAGACUGAGAUAGACUCUAGAGAGAGCCUGAGAGACAGACUCUAGAGACAGACUCUAGAGACAUACUGAGAGACAGACUCUAGAGAGAGACUGAGAGACAGACUGAGAGAGACUCUAGAGACAUACUGAGAGACAGACUCUAGAGAGAGACUGAGACACAGACUCUAGAGACAGACUGAGACAGACCCUAGAGAGACACAGACUCUAGAGACAGACUGAGACAGACUCUAGAGACAUACUGAGACACAGACUAGAGACAUACUGAGAGAAAUACUGAGAGACAGACUCUAGAGACAUACUGAGAGACAGACUGAGAGAAAUACUGAGAGACAGACUGAGAGACAUACUGAGAGACAGACUAACCGUUCUGCAGAUGUCUCCUGCUCAUGACAAAUACUGAUCUGUUUCCUCCCCUGAUGUUUUUUGUUAAAGUAGAGACUAGUGACAUCAUUAUGUAACACAGUGACAUCACUAUAGAACACAGUUACAUCACUAUGGAACACAGCGACAUCACUAUGGAACACAGCGACAUCACUAUGGAACACAGGUAGUUAUUAAAGCUGAACAACGCGUGUUGUCCUCUGAGUUUCUCUCAGGAGUUAUUAACCAUGUUUUAUUCUGCUUUUCUUUUGAUGAAAUAAAGAUUCAAUAAUCAA